AGCCGGUCGUUCGUUGUAUAACUUUUUAAAAGUUAUUAGUAGUAUUGUUUAAGUUUUCUACACUUUAGGGAUGAUACAAGUGUAAUCCACGCGUGGGCAUGGCAUGGUUUAGCCUCUCUCCGUUCCGUAUCACACUCCGCCGGUUCUACCCUCAUCGCAAGUUCGCAGCCUCCCUUGGAAAUAUCGGAUGCCAACACGUUCACACAACACGGACAACGCAUCAACGCAAGGAAGAGGACAUCGAGUACGACCAAAUACCGGUCGAUCGGAUACGUAACUUUAGUAUCAUCGCGCACGUCGAUCACGGUAAAAGUACGCUCGCCGACCGGUUGCUGGAGAUCACCGGUACCAUCGCCAAGAACGUUGGCAAUCGGCAGGUGCUCGACAGUUUGCAGGUCGAGAAGGAACGCGGCAUCACGGUGAAGGCACAGACUGCCUCUCUGCUCUACCAGCACGAGGGCGAGCAGUAUCUGCUCAAUCUGAUCGACACACCGGGCCACGUGGAUUUCUCGAAUGAAGUGUCUCGUUCGCUAGCCGCUUGCAACGGUGUUAUAUUGCUAGUGGACGCCAAUCAGGGUGUACAAGCACAAACCGUUGCCAACUAUCAUCUGGCACGGGCAAAACAGCUGACGAUCGUGCCGGUACUGAACAAGAUCGAUCUGAAAAAUGCGCGCCCCGAUGCGGUCUGUAACGAGCUACUUACGCUCUUCGAUAUCGAUCCGGACGAGGUAUUGCGCGUAUCGGCCAAACUCGGUACCGGAUGUGCGGAGGUACUUCAGCGUGUGAUUCAGCGUUUCCCGCCACCGGAUGCGAACCGGGACGCUAACUUUCGGGCGCUGAUCUUUGACAGCUGGUUCGAUAAGUACCGCGGUGCGCUGAAUCUGGUAUACGUUAAGGAUGGUGAGAUCCGGCCGGGACAGGAAAUCGUAUCGUGCCACAGUGGCAAAGCGUACGAGGUGAAGAGUCUAAGCUUGCUGCGACCGGACGAACGGAAAGUCGAUCGACUGGUAGCCGGUCAAGUCGGCCUUCUCGGGUGCAAUAUGCGCACCAGCAGUGAGUCACAGAUCGGAGACACAUUGUACCUGAAGCGUGACAAAACGUGCGUCCCACUGCCAGGCUUCAAGCCUCAGCAAGCAAUGGUAUUUGCCGGCGUAUACCCACCAGAUCAGGCGCAACAUGUCGCGCUGAAAGGCGCUAUCGAGAAGCUGGUGCUGAACGAUUCUGCCGUUACUGUUACGCCCGAUUCGAGCCCGGCUCUGGGUCAGGGAUGGCGGCUAGGCUUUCUCGGGUUGCUACAUCUGGACGUGUUCAGCCAGCGGUUACAGCAGGAGUAUGAUGCCGAACCCGUCCUAACAGCACCUUCAGUGACAUACAAGAUUAAGCUCCGCGGUGCGAAAGCCAUUGCAGCGCACGGUGGCAACGAGAUCGUGUACAUCAGCAACCCUGCCCUACUGCCCGAUCGCACGAUCGUGGAGGAGUACUACGAACCGUACGUGCUCGGUACCAUCAUUGCACCGACGGAGUGCGUCGGGGCGAUCAUCGGUUUGUGUGUCGAACGACGAGCGGUCCAGAAAACGUCACUCAACAUCGACAACGAACGUAUCAUGACCACCUACCUGAUGCCACUGAACGAGAUCGUACUAGACUUUCACGAUCAACUCAAAUCAGUCAGCUCGGGGUACGCCAGCUUCGACUACGAAGAGCACGGUUACGUUGAAACUAGCAUCGUUCGGAUGGAUGUCCUGUUGAAUGGCCAGAUGGUGGAAGAGCUCUGUACCAUCACGCAUACGAGCAAAGCGCAACAGCAUGCACGCGAGCUUGUGCUUAAGCUUCGAGAGCUCAUUCCCCGGCAGAUGGUACAGAUUGCUAUUCAGGCGGUGGUUGGCGGAAAGGUGCUGGCUAGGGAAACCAUCAAAGCCUACCGGAAGGACGUCACAGCCAAAUUGUACGGCGGCGAUGUUACGAGACGAAUGAAGCUACUGAAGCAACAAGCGGAGGGAAAGAAAAAGAUGCGCUCAAUCGCAAACAUCAAUGUACCACGGGAUACGUUCAUAAAGGUGCUGAAAAGAUAGAUGAACAGCGUAAU